AUUCAGAUCGAGGUAGGUGGCUUUUGAACAGUAGGGUACCUUGAGUAAUACAAUGCUGAAAGGGUUAAUCGGUGACGCUAGUGGCCCGACGGUGUUCCACACACCGGCCGUCGACCCGAGCACAUAUAUCAUCAAUAAUAUGUCAUGGUGUCGCUCAGGAACUGGAAUGAGGUUAUUAUUCUGCGGAGACUGUUGUGUCUCGUCUUGGCCAUCCUCAGUGGCGCAGGGACGGCAACUACCGGGGCAACUCCAUCGACGCCUACUUGCCAUCAUGGCCUACUCCGUGCAGGGUCAAGCUGCUUCCGGUUCGGCAAACAACGCAUGCUCAGUUGGAAGGAAGCCAGCGCCGAGUGUGCCGCUCUGUCGUCCACCCUGAUCAGGUUCCAGACCCCCGAGGACAUCGAAGCGUUCUCUGCCAUGGCCAAGACCCUGAAGGUGGACGGUUGGUGGACGGACCUAACCACACUAGACCACCCGGAUGCGUGGACGUGGGGCAGUAACCAGGCGGUCAGCAACGGCACCGUGGUAUGGAACCAGGAACCUGAUGACGUCAAACACGCCGAAAACUGCGUCGCCGUCAACUACCUGGGCGGGGCUAGCGACGACAUGUGUACACGCCAGCUGGGGUAUAUAUGCAAGGCGGAUUCUGUUGCUGACGGGUGUGAUGACGGAUGGUCACUUGUGGGAAACUCUUGCUUCUACGUUAGUGACACGUCAGACUCCACCCAGCUCGUCACCUGGGAUACGGCCUUGACACAGUGCGCUCAGAUGGCGUCAGCAACUGUCAGCCGCCCCACGCUCGUCAGCUUCAAGGACAGCCAAGAAUAUUCGAGUGUGAUGAAGCUGCUGACGAAGGCGUACUACCUGGGGUACCGGUGGUGGACCGGCCUCAAUGAUCGGGCAGUGGAAGGACAUUGGAGGUGGCCCAAUAGCAGCGCGCCGGCGGAUGCAUCCAUUAUCCAUUGGCAACAUCUACCGAACUCCCUACAGGCGACGGAGCGGUGUGGAGUGGUGCACAGUAACGGCCACAUAUCCUACGACCACUGCGACAACGACAACUUCUUCGCCUGCAGAUACCACAGCGCAGAAGCUGAUGUUCACGUGGAAGAGGAGUUGGGCUGUCCUGGGCUGUGGCUGAGGGCGGGACACAAGUGUUAUGUCUUCAACGCCAACGUGACCUUGACCCAGAGUCAGGCAGUCGCUUUCUGCCGCCACAGAGGGGGGCGUCUUCUGAAGGUCGAAACAAAAGAUCAGAUGAGAUGGAUUCAGCUACAGACAGAGCGUAUCCUAGGCAACAACUUCUGGACAGGUCUGGAGCGGUAUCCUACAGGAGGCAACAAAUGGCGGUGGUUGGAUGGGGACCCGGCUCAGAUGAAUCUCAUACCAUGGACACUUCAACCGGACAACCUGAUGGGUGAAGAAAACUGCGCCUAUAUCAGCCACGACAUUAGCUACUUUGACGCAUCCUGCUUCUCCCAGGCCGGCUACAUCUGUGAGAUACAGGCAGAAGGUGCGCCCUGCCCGUUAACAUGGGUGACACGUAACUAUGAUGACGUCACAACGUGUUACUACAUCAGCAACAGAACUACUUCCGCCAUAGUCACGUGGUGGGAGGCGCGAGAGUUGUGCAGGAAGCUGUCUGGUAUGGAUGAGGCUUCAUUGCUUGCUGUCAACGAUCAGCACGAACAGACCUUCAUUGAGACCCGGCUGGGGUCGUACCCCGAGUCCCCCGUGGGGUGGUGGACGGACCUGAGUGACGCUGCUGCUGAGGGGGUGUGGCUGUUCGCGGACACCUGGAACCCUCCCCCUCAACCAGGCUCUAUUAACUGGGCCCAGGAGCCAAACAAUCACGGGGGUAACGAGAACUGCGCCGUCAUGUACUACGGCGGCCAAUACAACGACGUCCCUUGCGACGUCCGAGCCAAUGUUGCCUGUGAGAAGAUCGCCUGGGGCAUUGGAGGGGCAGCAGACAGACAGACAAGCGGCGUUCUACUGGUGCUUAUAGCUAUCAUGGUUAUAGGGAAUCUUAGAUGACGUCAUUGAGAAUAUCAAAGAGUACUAUCUUUCGGAUUUCUCAGAGAGAAUGUGUGUCCAUCUGAAAAUAUUUACUUAUAUCUGAUAUUAACUCAAGUUCCUAUCAACGUCCACCAGACUGACCAACACCCCAACCAUACCAGACUUUGUCCAUCUUCACCCAACCCUACUCCACAUGAACUUUGUUAAUUAACCAGUCAACCAAAGGAUUAUACGGGUACUGGGCAGACGCCUGGUUUGUAAUUUACACCUCACUUUGAGACAAGCGAUAGUUCCACACUGAUACCAAGUAUUUACCUAUUAUGCUUCUUAAUUCCAUUGUCUUUGUCACAACCACAUUGUUGUGUACUCAAUAAACUACCAUUAUGAGAUAAAUGGUUGCAACAUGAAA